GGUUGUGGUGCGCUUUUAAAGUGCUGCGGACCGGCAGAGGCACGGUGUUCAGACCACACAACUGUUGGGGACAGCGAGACCGACGAGGGGACCCGGACCGAACCGAACCCAGUAAACCGGAGAGGAAUUAAGAGAGGAAGAGGAGCAAAGAAACACAGAGUCAUGACUCCAACUGUGCGACAACUUUUUCUUGUAUGUUUAUUCUGGUUUCUUGGACCUUGGAGCACAACAGAUGCCAGUCCGUUCGAUCAGUGGGAAGAUGGGAUUGAGUUAAGAAAGGUGCGAGGCAUCCAAAGUGAGGAUUUGAGUGAUGUUUUGUGGAGAGACCAGAAUGAGGAUCAAGUCCAGAAUGUUUUCAAAAGAUUUCUCUUUCAUUACUCUAAAGCACGCAACUCUGUUGGAGCUGUACAGCACGAGUCUCACUCAGUUCAUCCUUUGAUGCGACUUUCCCCAAAGCUUUCCCAGAUGAGAAAUAAGAAGGUGGUACUCUUGAAGAUUCGAGGUCUGCCGGAGGGGAUGUUGUAG